AAAAUCGAAUUUUGUCCCUUCUUAAUUAACCAACCAACAUACCCCCGCCCCCCUAAUUUCAAAAUAUCCUACAACCACCCUAACUAAGGCUAUUCAGUCUCAUCUCUUUUCUUUAAUGUUUUCUCGAUCAAUCUCCAUUGCUUCAAAUAUGAAAUUUCUCCUUUAUGAUUAAAAGACGGAAUACAGCAUUUUGAAAUAGAGGAUCUCGUCAAACUCUAGCGGCGGCGGAGAUGGGGGAGACGAAUGAUGGUGUGAUCAUGGAGGAGGAGAGCGAAGCCGGAAACGGAGAAGAUGGUUUUGCAGUUGAGAAAUCCCAAGUUGCAUGCAGUCUUGUUUGGAAGGAUUUAACCGUAAUGAUCGCUCUCACCAAUGGAAAAACACACACUAUUCUCGACCAACUCUCUGGCUAUGCUCAGCCAGGAACUUUUACAGCUCUCAUCGGACCUUCCGGCUCCGGCAAAACCACGCUGCUCGAUGCCUUAUCCGGCCGCCUUGCCCCCGACGCCUUCCUCUCCGGAGCCAUUCUCCUCAACGGCCGUAAGGCCAACUUAUCUUUUGGGACCGUUGCAUAUGUAACACAAGACGAAAGCUUGAUUGGGACUCUAACAGUGCGAGAAACAAUAGCAUAUUCAGCUCGAUGCCGCCUCCCCGAUAGGAUGAGCUGGUCUGAGAAAUGCGAGAUCAUAGACAACACCAUCCUAGAAAUGGGACUUCAAGACUGUGCCGAUACUGUCAUAGGAAACUGGCACUUGCGAGGGAUCAGCGGAGGCGAAAGGCGAAGAGUCAGCAUUGCACUUGAGAUCCUCAUGAGGCCAAGAUUGCUCUUUCUUGAUGAACCAACCAGUGGGCUAGACAGCGCCGCAGCAUUCUUUGUGAUUCAGACACUACGCGGAUUGGCUAAAGAUCAACGGACAGUUAUAGCCUCAAUCCACCAGCCUAGCAGUGAAGUGUUUGAGCUGUUUGACAAAUUAUGCUUGCUUUCUCGUGGCAGAACUGUCUACUUUGGCGAAGCUUCAAAAGCUGACGAGUUCUUUGCCGGUGCCGGUUUCCCUUGCCCUGAAUUCAGGAACCCCGCUGAUCACUUCAUCCGAUGCAUCAACUCCGAUUUCGACAAUGUCAAGGCAACUCUCGGAGAAUCAAUGAAGCUGCAGUUUGAGGCAGAUGAUGAUCCUCUAGGGAAAAUGAUAGCUGCUGAAGCUAUCGAAAUACUUGUAGACUCUUAUCGUAGCUCCGAAUAUUGUUGUUCAACAAAUGAAAAGAUUGAGGAAAUGUCCAAAGUUGAAGGAGGUGAUGUAGAUUUUGGAGGGAGUGAAGCGAGUUUCUUGAGACAAGCGAUCACAUUAACACAACGCUCGUUUAUUAACAUGUGGAGGGAUUUUGGGUAUUAUUGGCUGAGGCUUGUGGUAUACAUCGUUGUCACCGUCUCUAUUGGCACCAUUUACUUUGAUAUUGGAACUGGCUAUACUUCCAUCCAGGGGAGGGGAGCGUGCUCGUCUUUCGUCUUUGGUUUUGUAACCUUCAUGUGCAUUGGAGGCUUCCCCAAUUUUGUGGAGGAUAUGAAGGUUUUCCAAAGGGAGAGGCUGAAUGGGCACUAUGGUGUGGGCGCAUUUGUUAUAAGCAACACCUUGUCAGCAAUGCCAUAUUUGAUUAUGAUAAGUUUGAUUUCUGGAACAAUUUGCUACUUCAUGGUGAAUUUCCACUCUGGUUUCUCGCAUUAUGCCUUCUUCGUAUUGUGCCUUUAUGCGUGCGUGAGUGUGGUCGAGAGCCUCAUGAUGGCCAUAGCUAGUGUUGUUCCUAAUUUCCUCGUGGGGAUCCUCGUCGGCGCCGGAAUUCAGGGAAUAUUUAUGCUUAUGUCUGGCUACUUCCGACUACCAAAUGACAUCCCAAAACCUGUUUGGCGCUAUCCUGUGUCGUACAUGAGUUUUCACUUCUGGGCUUUACAGGGACAAUAUCAAAAUGAUCUGAAAGGAUUGAUGUUCGACAAUAUAUCAGCUGAUCAACCUAAAAUCUCAGGAGAAUUUAUUUUAGAAAAUAUAUUUGAAAUCGAUGUUCGUCGAUCAAAAUGGGUGGAUCUGAGCGUUAUAUUCAGCAUGAUCAUCAUAUACAGGCUCAUCUUCUUCAUAAUGAUCAAAGCCAAUGAAGACGUCAUACCAUGGAUUCGACGUUAUGUUGCAAAGAAAAGAAUACAACCAAUAAAUAAUACUAAUAACAACACUGUUGCUACAUAAUGUUAAGGCUCAUCAACGUUUCUCUGUUUAGGUUCAUUGAAUUUUGUAUUCGAAUUCCUAUGUCUUAACAUUAGAAAGGAAUACGACCUAUUGUAUAAACUAAAAUUGCGGAUAUCAACUUCUUUAUUUUUACUUUUUA